AUGCUCAGCUCUUUCCUUUACGAAUAAUUGAUAAGCAACUUACGCCCUAUAGUGCGUUACAUUUUGUCGAGCUGGUCGUGCAUCAUAUAGGCUGAUACAGAAAAAGGUUUAUCCAGAUCAGCUGCGCUUCUGUUGACAAGUCGACAGCGAGCUAUACAGUUUCACCUGUAUUUGCUAUUAGUUCGGAUCGUCUAUUUGUGUUCGUAUGUAGUUCCUGUUUCAACCUACGUUCCGACAUUUCUCCUUGGACAGUUUUAGGUCAAAUAGAAGGUCAGAUUCCGUAACUAACAACAGUCUAAUUACUUUAAAAAAUAUAGGCUGAUGUUGCAAUCGAUGCUGCAUAAAUAAUGGACUAAUGCUUUGCGGCUGUGCGCAUAUGCUGGCGAGACACGAUGAUGUCAUUGGCCUGUAAAUAGAUCAAACUAUUCGCAUCGAAAACCUUUCCAUUUCAGUGUCGUGAGUCGAAACAGUCGGUAAAGCAAAUUGCGGUGUGGAAUGUUUCCAAAUAGUGCUGUGUUGCUGUAACAGAGUCAACGUGUGAUUAACCAACAACCGUGUCGUGCGUGUAUAAUACCUAGUCAACUAAUGAGCGGAACUUGAUUAAUCGAUAUCAAUAUGAGCGCUGCUACUUCGAUCGGCAAAGGUUUGAUUUUGCUCUGUUUCAUUGUCGUCGUCUACAUUUCACUGGCUGCUUACGAAAUGGACAAUAAUGUAGGCCAGCAGCUCAUUCAAAAGAAAAUUGUUCUUGCGUCCAAUUCGUGCGCCAAUCCCGCAACUAACACCGUCGAAUCUCCAGGUGAAACGAAUAAACCAGAGCAGGUGGUUGAUUUGACAGUCAUCAGUCGUGAUUUUUUCCUUUAUUUAUCUUCCCACUUGCGUGACACCCCCUAUGCUGGAGUUCAAAAUUACACAAAUUACAUAAUAGCUAAAUCAAAGUUAAGUCCUUUACACGAUGUCAUACCUUUGCGGUCCGAUUUCGGGCCGGUGUUAAACGACGUGAAUUAUUUUCGAUAUCCAAUUGAAAUUCCAAAGUGUCGUAAUAAUAACGUGGCACACCUGAAUGUGUCUAGUCUAUUUGUGGCCAUCAUAUCUGCCCCCAAUUACUUUGAUAAACGCAUCGUCAUCCGCCAAACUUGGCUGAGUUAUUUACAAAAGCAGACGGAUCUCAAUCUGGCCGGAUUCGGUUUCGUCGUCGGAUUGCCGGAAGACCAAGAGACUCGGAUGAAAAUCGAGGCGGAAAACGACCAACACAAUGACAUUUUACAAAUUGAAAUGAGAGACGACUACUACAAUCUGACACUGAAAGUAGUGGGACUGCUCAAUUGGAUAAACGAUCGCUGUUCUCGGGUGGAUUUCGUAUUGAAAGUGGACGACGACGUGUACGUCAAUGUCCGGAAUCUAAGAGAGGCUAUGAAAAAUCUAAACUCAUCCGAACAAAGUGUGUACGGAUCCGUGGUCUACAAUCCACCUCAAAGAGAUGGCAAAUGGGAAGUUAGCUUACAAGAUUGGCCAUGGAAUAAUUAUCCUCCUUACUUUAGAGGUGCUGCUGUGCUAAUGCCGGGAAGUGCCAUCAGUACAUUGUUGGCCGCUGCCCAAACGACACCUUAUUUUCCUUUCGACGACGUCUAUCUCACAGGACUAUGUACUGCCAAAGCGGGAAUUAAAGUGCGCCAUUCAGAUAGUUUUUUCCUUGGUGGAGCCGCUGAGACGCCGGAACCUUGUCACGUACGAACUUCUGUUACGUGGCUGACGGAUUCGGUCACUCAUCUCGAGAAAUCUCAUUGGGCAUUUCACGAUUUUUAUCAAAAUGUGACGCAGUGCUUCGUUGUGAGACUAGACGGUACCAACCAGACGGCGGAUCACGAAGAGGCUAUUGAUUUUCCUUUUUCAAGUUGAUAAUUUGAACUAGUCUAUAAGAUAAAGUAGGCCGCAUGACUAAACAAAAAGGCUGCCAGAACCUGCUGGCUGAAGAGGAUUUAAACGAGUUCAACGGAGAAACUAAUUGGACAUUAUUUAAUCAGCAGCUGUGUCUGUCAGGGGAAGAAAAAUGCUUAUGCCUUUUUGAUAAUGUACACCUUCCACCUGCUUUAUAAAAGCUUGAAACGGAAUGUGCACGACUACUGUGCUCCCCCAGAACCGGUUCUCGCCUACGUAUUUUUCAUGGACUUAUUAUCUAAAUUUUUCUACCCAACUUUCAUUCGCAUCCAACGUGUUUAAAGUUAUUACCCACUAAUUAUUUUCGUUGCUUUUACAAUCAACGAUAGAAUGGAUUGUGAAAUCCCAUGCGAAUUCGUGACAUUUCUUAAAACAUCAACGGGAAUGUUAUUCACGUUUGACAUACCAGUUUCGAUCGGGAAUUUUACGUGGGAAGAGAUUAAUCAUGGGUCAGAGAACAGCGGAGAAAAAUCAAAGGCAACGUCAGAGCAAACAGGUUAUAGCCCCGAGAGAUAGAAAACAGUUUCGUGAUGUUAGGUAGCAUUCUUCUUAGAACAACAGUCCCGUUUUAUUGUCCUAGUUUCCCCAAAACAAGAUCAGUGGCACUGAGAAUCUCGCACAUAGAAGUAUCGUCAAUUUUGGUCUAUUGAUUGUUGAACUACGAGCGCAUGUGUCUUCCCCGUGAUUGAGUUCCUUAACUGACUCCAAAAGUGGAUCGAAAUGGAUGCUAUUACACCAGACGAAACUAGUGACAAAAAGAAACUAACGUUAAUAGAGUUUAAGAAAAGGAUUCAGGAUUGCCAAUUGAUUGAUCAAAGAGAUGAAUUCAUUCAGAAAUGGCUUGUCGCCCGAUCUUACAAUAUAAACGAAGCAGAAAAAAUGCUUAGGGCAUCGUUGGCAUGGCGAAAAGCGAACGGAGUUGAUGAUGUCUUAAAAUGGACUCCGCCUGAAGUAAUCCAAAAAUAUCACUCAUAUGGAAAGAUUGGCUACGAUAAAUUUGACUGUCCCCUUUAUAUUAGUCUUCAAGGUCGGAUAGACUACCGAGGAAUUCUGCAAUCGGUCACCAGAAAAGAAUACAUGAAAUUCCACAACUACAAUCAAGAAAAAUUUAUGCAGGAUAUGCGAGAAGAGUGCUUGCGCACAGGAAAAAACGUUGCUUACCAAUCAUCGCUGAUCAUCGAUGUGGAAGGCCUUUCAAUGAGGCAAAUUGUAUGCAAAUCAGCCGUGGACGUAGGUACUGAGGCAGCUAAAGUGAACGUUUUGAAUUACCCUGAUAUUGUUCGUCGAAUAUUCGUCAUCAAUGCUCCCAAGUUGUUUACGGUCAUCUACAACAUUUUAAAACCAUUUGUGGCGCAAGAAACCCAAGCAAAAAUGAGAAUUUUCGGUUGUAAUAAAGAAGAAUGGAAGGCCGCUUUACUUGAGGAAAUCGAUGCCGAUCAGUUGCCCGCAUUCUAUGGUGGCACGAUGGUCGAUCCUGACGGUGAUCCAAAAUGUCCUAGCAAGUUCAACUUUGGCGGAGAGGUCCCUCAUUCAUAUUACUUGAGCAACAGCGCACCUGUGGCUAAAGAUUACAUGGCAACCAUAAAUAUCGGAGCAGGCGGAUCGAAAAAGCUGCAAUACAAAAUUGAUGUCGCAAAUUCAAUUUUGAGGUGGGAAUUUAUGACUGAGGGAGGAGACAUCGGCUUCAGAGUCUAUUACAAGAGUUCCGAUAAAGACACAGAUGACUUGGUACCUUUGAGCAGAAUUGAAAGUCACCUGAUCAUGGAAGAAGGCGAAUUCAUUUGCGCGAAUCCGGGUCAACACGUGGUGAUGUUUGACAACACUUUUAGCCUCUUACGUUCCAAGAAACUUCGUUACCACAUCGCUGUCGAUCCUCCUGUUUCUGCAAGUCUAACAGUUGUCGGAUAAGAAAACAAAAUUACGUUUGUAUACGCUUCAGCUCAAGUAUUUCCCAAUUUAUUAAUAAACAAAUAGGAGUCAAA